GGGGAUUUUGUUCUCCCGCUCGAACUGUACAUGUAGUCUUGGCAAUCAUACUGUGUCAAAACAAGGAGCUCUACGAUCAGCAUUGAAGACCCAGCAAUAUACAGUAUAUCGAGUGUAUGUAGAUCUCCGCUCCACUGAAGCAACCUGCCCUGAUACCUCAAUAUGUGGCACGAUGACAUCAUCCAGUCAUGCCUCCUUCCUCCCACACCCUCCCGUAUCACUUUAUACCUCGUCGCCAUUCUAGACUACCUACCAAACCUAGGUACCUACACAACGAUUAAAUGCUACAAUACUAUACGUUACAAGCAAGGCAAAAACACCAAAACCCAUCUCCCAAAAAAAUGUCCCGCUAUUACCGCGACCCCCUCUCCGAGCACAUGGUAACCCACAACCACGACCUACGCGACGGGUCCAUGGGCGAGCCCUCGGGCGGCGAGACAAAAAGGGAGUACGAACAGAGCAAGCCCAAGAAGGACGCUGUCGUUGACGAAUCACUACGUCCGUCUCAUGUUCUGGGAGGGGAGAAGAACGCGCCUGCGCCGAUUCCCACGGAAACCCCCAAGCCAAGGGGGGUGGGUAACGGCUCGGAAAUGCUUGACGUCGUUGGGGAGGAAAGGGAGCAGAGAAGGCAGGAAGAGGAGGGUCUGAGAAGGAGUGGGAAGGGGAGCGCAGGUGUUGGGGGCUUGGAGGGCAAGGAUUUGAAGAUCAACCCUGGUGGUGGUUCAAGUUCAAGUUAGGUGUACUGAAUUCGUUGUUCGUGAGGAUGUACUGAGCUUGAUAGCUCCUUGUUGGGAAAUCGAUUCAGGAAGAACCUCACCGUUUAUGUGAGUGUGUGUUCCGGUCAAUGCCAAGCUUGCUAUGUAGCCAUUAGUCGCGGCAGUGCCUUAGGGGUAAGAAAAAAGAAUAAGAAAACAAAGAUGUAGAGAAAACGGGG